UGUCAAACCUGGGAUGUCAAACUGUAAAUGUCAGAUUGUAUUGAAUUAAUUUAAUUUAUUUUAUUUAUUUACAAUAUUAACGAUAAUUUAAUCAUGGCCACAACCAUGUUUAAAAUUUCCUCUGCGUUAAUCAGUUCUUCCAAAAACUACCGCUUCGUUGUUGGGCUCAUCAACAAGAGCAGUUUUUCUACCACAAAUGUCACAAAGAGGAAAGAGCGAGACACAUUCGGCGAGCUGGACGUGCCGGACGACAAGCUGUAUGGCGCGCAGACCGUGCGCUCCGUCAUGAACUUCCCCAUCGGCGGCAUCGAGGAGCGGAUGCCGUAUCCAGUUGUAAUAGCCAUGGGUAUACUGAAGAAAGCUGCCGCGAAAGUCAACAUAGAGUUUGGGCUGGACAAAAAACUUGCGGACGCAAUAAUGCAGGCCUGCGAUGACGUGAUCUCUGGCAAGCUGUACAAAGAAGGCCACUUCCCGCUGGUCAUCUGGCAGACCGGCUCCGGCACACAGACCAACAUGAACACUAACGAGGUAAUAGCAAACCGCGCCAUCCAAAUCCUGGGCGGCAAGCUUGGCAGCAAAGACCCCGUGCACCCGAACGACCACGUGAACAAGUCCCAGAGCUCCAAUGACACGUACCCCACCGCCAUGCACAUCGCCGUGGGCAUGGAGCUGCGCGACCGGCUCAUGCCCGGCCUGGUGGCGCUGCGGGACACCCUGGACGCCAAGGCCAAGGAGUUUGACAAGAUCAUCAAGAUCGGCAGAACACACUUGAUGGACGCCGUGCCUCUGACGCUGGGGCAAGAGUUCAGCGGGUACGCGACGCAGCUGACGUACGGCAUCGAGCGCGUGUGCACCACCCUGCCGCGCCUGCACUACCUGGCGCUCGGCGGCACCGCCGUCGGCACCGGCCUCAACACGCGCAAGGGCUUCGCCGAGAAGUGCGCCAAGGAGAUCGCCACUCUCACCGGCAUACCAUUCGAGACGGCGCCCAACAAGUUCGAAGCGCUGGCGUGCCACGACGCCAUGGUGGAGGUGUCCGGGGCGCUCAACACCAUCGCCGUGUCGCUGAUGAAGAUCGCCAACGACAUCCGGCUGCUGGCGUCGGGGCCGCGCUGCGGGCUCGCCGAGCUCAUGCUGCCGGAGAACGAGCCCGGCUCCUCCAUCAUGCCUGGUAAAGUGAACCCAACCCAGUGCGAGUCGCUCACAAUGAUCGCGGCGCAAGUGAUGGGCAACCACGUGGCGUGCACCAUCGGCGGCAGCAACGGCCACUUCGAGCUCAACGUGUUCAAGCCCAUGAUCGUGGCCAACGUGCUGCGCUCCAUCAGGCUCAUCGGCGACGGGUGCCAGUCGUUCAACAAGAACUGCGCGGUGGGCAUCCAGGCGAACGUGGCGCAGAUCAACAAGAUCAUGCGCGAGUCGCUCAUGCUGGUCACCGCGCUCAACCCGCACAUCGGAUACGACAAGGCGGCGCAAAUCGCGAAGACAGCACACAAAGAAGGCGGCACACUCAAAGACACGGCCAUCAUGCUAGGCAUCCUCACCGCGGAGCAGUUCGACCAGUGGGUGAAGCCUGAAGAGAUGCUGGGGCCCAAGUAGACUGGUCACGAAGACCCUUUGUAAUACAAUAGCAACACUUCGGCCAUUUUGUGUAGACAUUCUUUAUUAUAUAUUGACAAACACGUGUACUCAGUUUAGCGGUUGAUUUAUCAUUUGUACUCCCCAAGUUCAUUAUAACCCUGUAUCUGUCCACUGCUGGACAUAAGUCUCACCGAGAGAGCUCCACCAUACACGAUCCUCCAUCUUCCUCAUCCAGCCACUUCCCACUACCUUCUUAAUGUCUUCGGACCAUCUGGCUGGAGAGCAUCCUACACUGCACUUGCUGGUAUGUGGUCUCCACUCCCAAAUUAUUGCCCCAUGUCUGCCCCAGUAGCUCAAUUCUGCGACAAAUAUGGCCUGACUACUGCCACUUCAGUUUGCUAAUCCAGUAUUCUUUGGGCUAUGUUGAUUAAUAUCGUUCGACGGAUUGCCUCGUUCCAGAUUUUGUCCUUUAGGUCAAACAUAGACCUCUCCAUAGCUUGCUGAUUGACUUUCAAAUUUAUGAUUAAGUCUAAACGUCAGUGCCUAUGUUUCCGCUCCAUAUCCACACUUAUUAAAGACUUGUCUUCAGACUUUGGGCUAUUGACAACUUGAAUCCUAAUUUACACCACAAACAAUUUCUUCACAUAAUUUGGUCAUAGUUAAAAUUUUGGAUUAUAUUUAAUGAGUGUCUGGCUAUAUCCCAAAAAACCGCAAGGUGUAUGCUGAGUGUUCCGAGAUUCCAGAGAUUUGAUGAUUUACAACUUGGCACGAGAUCUAUGUAACUAUUGUAUUCUGUGUAUUACUUAAAUAGACAAUAUUUAUUAAAUUGUAAGUAUAUUGUAUUUGUUUUGUUCUUGUAAAUUAUUUUGAAAAUUUUUAUUGUCACCAAUAUCCCAGUUCUAUGGGAUUUUUACAUUUUUACAGUAUUUUUUUUUUUGUUAUCUUGCAUUUAGUGAAAACCAAAGCAGAUAAAACAGAGUUUUUAUCCACGUAAAUAUAUAAUUGGUCAAUACUACAUCCUAACAAUACAAACUAACCCUAAUUAUUUUAGACCUGGACCUUGCUAGUUUAGUGUUGUACUGUAAUAGUGAAACUUAUGCCUAGUUCAAACUACUUUUUUUUUAGUUGAGUACUACUAAAAUACUAGGCAUUAAUUGCAUAGACUUUUUGAAUACUUUCCAUACAUUCUAUGGAUACUAAUCCGUGGACUAGGA